AUGAAGUUUGAGAUAUUAAUUUUUAUCGCAGUCUUGGGAUCGUGUCCCUACAAAUCAGUCUAUGGAGUUGAUGGGAAUGCUUCAUCUCAAUCAACUGGUGCUACAACUGGUCAAACUUCUGUAACACCUCAAUCCACUACUCCAGCUAGUGGAACUACACCUGCUGCUAAAACUGGUGCAACAACUGAUAAUACUGGUCUAACCCUUGACAUAAAGAAGACGAGUAGUACCACUGAGUUCGAGUACUCUAAGGAUGGUGAGUUUAAAACAUACACCCCAAAGUCAGGUCAUACAAUUUCUAAGAUAGUGAAGGGUAACAAUGAUAUCUGGACCGCUACUGAUAAUGACCACGCCGUAAAGGUGGCACGGAAGGGUUCUGGUAGCUGUAAAAAACAUAUUGCCAUUCUUCUCAAGAGUAGUAAAUUUAUACUUCUUCAAAAGGAAGGUAAGAAAAAGCCCUGGAAAGAUGUCACCGGUGAGAGAUAUGACAUAACAAAACUAAAGUUCUAUGGUGACGAUGCUGAGCUCAAGGUAACAGAUUAUAAAAUUGACCUUCUCGGGCGUGAUAAAACCUUUGCCUUUGUUUACGAGUUCACUGGAGCUAACUGUAAGAAAAUCAAAUUUGGAGAUGAAGAUAUUUGGAAAAGUACAGAUGAUCGUAAAUAUUCAACAAUAAAAAAGUUUUCUCUGGGUCUUGUUUCAAACGAUUUUUUCGUACGUAAGAGCGAGAACGAAUUUAAGAAACUAGAACUUAAUCUCUCAACUACUCCUGGAUCUGGAACUACAACUACUCCAGGUCAGGAUUGUACUGGAACUCCUGCAACAGGUCAGGGUGGAUCCAGUCCAUCAAAUUAG